AACUCCAGGUGUAGGAGAAAAGACCACUCCAAGCUCUGGCGGUGAGACAACUCCUGGAGGUGAACAGUCGACUCCAGGCACCACGGUUGAAGUUUGUCGAGAGAUCAUGGGAAUAGAAAACGGACUGAUCACUGAUGACAUGUUCAGCGCAUCCUCUGAGAAAUCUCCCGAGCAUGCUCCAGAGAGAGGCAGGCUGAACUUGGAGACUGACGGUGUUGGCGCUGGAGGAUGGACGCCCGCUGAAUCUAACAUAAACCAAUGGAUUCAGAUUGACUUCCUGGAGCCAAGGAUAUUAACAGGAGUUACGAUCCAGGGUAGAGAUGGUGUACCAACUUUCGUGACAUCAUUUGAAGUUAUAUUUUCAUAUGAUGGACUCACCUGGACCAAAUAUGAAGAAACACCUGGUGUCGCCAAGGUGUUCCCUGGUAAUACCGACAACGAAACUCCAGUCACUAACUGGUUCUACAAGCCCAUCCGUGGCCAGUUCAUCCGAAUCGUGCCCCUCACUUGGAACCAAGCUAUAAGCAUCAGGCUGGAGAUCCAUGGCUGUUACGAACCAUACCCAACCAAACCUACAGGUACAGUUCCAACAACCACACCAGCUGUUACCACUCCAAAAAUCACCACACCAGGAUCCACUACCACAACUACACCGUGGACAAUGCCACCCAUGGAAUGUGUUGAGUUUGAAGACUGGGUUAACACUGGGGCUGUGUCCCUGGAGGGUGACCUUGAACCUAUAGAUGCAAUCAUUAAUGUAACUCCCAACUGCCAGAACCCCAUUGCUAUACAGUGUAGGAAGGCAUCGUCGGACAAGACACCACACUACAAGACUGGACAGGUUGUUAGCUGCAACUUAUGGGAAGGUCUAUCGUGUAGACACGCUGACCAGCAAAACCAACCAUUCUGUUACGAUUAUGAAGUAAGGCUAGGGUGUCUCAUGCAAGUACCUGAAUGUUUACCUUCGACUGCCACUCCAGGAACUACACCUACCGGUACUCCACCAAUUGGUACCACACCAGCCAAUGUGGAUGUUUGCGAGAACGUCACUGAGAUUUCAGGCUGCCCUGCCUCGUGCCCUGAAGGCAAGUUUUGCGAUGGUAAAGACUGCGUGAGCAGAAUUGACUGCCCUUGCGUUAUCAACAAUCGAUAUGUUAAGCCUGGAGAGUUCUUUGAAACUGAGAACUGCGAGACGUGUACUUGUUUCAAUGGCCAAUUGAAAUGUUAUCCCAAAACAGAAUGUCCACCUUGCCCCGAUGGACAAAUGCCCAAACGAGACCAAGAGACACAAUGUCAAUGUACUUGUCUUCCUUGUGUUGAUGGUGGAUGGAUGUGUGACAACUUUGAGUGUAUUCCACCUGAAGCAAGAUGUGAUGGUGUCAUUGACUGCACUAAUGAUGAGUACGACUGUGCAAGCACAACUGCAGCACCAACCACUACUCCACCGGUGUCGACUAGAAGCACUCCUUCGGGUACUGGAACAACUCCAUCUGGUGUAGAGACAACACCUUCUGAAGGAGAAUCCACGCCCUCUAAAGAAGAGACUACACCUGAAGGUGAGAAGACCACGCCCUCUGGAGUAGAGACUACACCAUCUGGCAAGGAGACGACUCCAGAAGAAGGCAAGACAACUGGACCACCAUCAGUGUCUGGCUCCACACCAUCUGGCGAGGUGACAACACCAUCAGGAGAGAAGACAACCCCAUCAGGAGAGAAGACAACACCCUCAGGUGUAGAAACAACUCCAAAAGAGGAAACUCCGGGUACAAUCAAAACUUGUCCCGUAUGUCCCACAUUGAUAGUGCCAGUUCUUAAACCUGGUGAAGUGGCUGUCAUUAAAGAAAUCCUCGGUGGGUGUUGCGAAGAGUAUGAAGUCAUUUGUAAACCUGAUACGUGUCCCGAGGUUGACAUCAUUUGUGAGGCUCCAAAGAGAGUAUAUUCCAUAAUAGGAGAAUGCUGCCAGGGCUUUGAAUGUAAAUGUCCACCUAUUGAUGAAUGUAACGUUACACCUGAACCGGAAUGCCCACCUGGCUACCAGACCGUACAAAGGGUGGAUGAAUGUGGUUGUGUUAGCUACGAGAACUGCACUAAACAAUCAGUAUGUAUCAUCAGAAGCACAUAUACAUACGACGAAGAGGGCAACCAAGUUCCAAGACCAGAGCCUAUUACCAUUGUCAAGCAGCCUGGAGAGACGUGGGACGAGGGAGAUUGCAGGAGCUGUGAAUGUACAGCUAGUCCAUCUGGCAUCCCUGGUGAAUACGAACCACUAUGUUCUGAACAGACAUGUCCCGCCCCACCACCAGCAUAUGACCUUGGAGAUAAGAUUCCCGGGGAAUGUUGUAGACCACUUGUGAAGAAUCGAUGUAUCAUCAGGAUUGAUGGUGAAGACGAGACAUUCAAUGUUGAUGAUGAGUGGAGUAACCCAGACACACCUUGUGUAUCAUACAAGUGUGUCCGUAGUCCCGAUGGAGAUGCCAUUGUUGAAACAGCCACCGGACUCUGCUGUGUCGUCAACGGCAUAUCAUAUCAGCCUGGUGAGAUGAUCCCAUCAAACAGGACUUGCUAUGAGGCUAUCUGUGAUGCUUCUGAGCAUGGAGCCCUUGUAAUAGAGUCUACCAUCAACUGUGUGCCACCAAAUAGGACAUGUGCCCAGGGUGAAGAUCCUGUUGAUGAGAGUGGAUGUUGUAGGAAAUGUAUACCCAGUGAACCAAAAGUAUGUGAUACCUGUAGACCAGUUCUUGUGUUUGGACAGCCUCAGGAUUCUAUUGGCUACCUGACUUCCGAAAAACAAGGAAUGCUUUGCUCAAAUAAGGAUGUUGUUGACGGAUUCUACGAGUGCUCUGGAUUCUGCGACUCGCGCGCACAAUACUCCACGUGGACAAUGGCGUUCGUUAAUGACUGUGAUUGUUGCCAACCAAGAAAAACUGAGAGUAAAUUUAUUACAUUGACUUGCGAUGAUGGUUCAACCAUAACAAAGAGCUACCAAGUCCCAAGCGAAUGUGGUUGUGGCGCAUGUACCGGUGCAAGGAGAUGAUGAGCCUCGCAAUAGAUCUAAGAACGUUUAUAAACAAUCAUUCAAUACUCAGUACUAAUUUAUAAAUUUACUGUACAAAAAAAUCUGAGAUUUAAAAAUGGAAUCAAAGCGGAAGACAUACAUAGUGUAAAAUCAAAACAUUGUUUUAAGAGGUUUUAAUUGUAUAAUUUAUUUUAUGUCUGUACAGCAUAAUACAUGCACAAUAUAGGGUUAUCUCAUAGACCUUCAUCUAUAUUUCUAUCACUUGACUAUCAGUUUUGAAAAAUAUGAUUCA